AAAUGACGAAAUUAGUGUCUUGCAUUUUCUGCAGAGCCGCGCGCAUCAAAAAGAGCCAUCUUGUCACGAUUUCAUGUAAUAAGCAGUCAAUAACAAAGCUAGUUUUAUCAAGACAAAUUUCCACAUCUAAUUAUCUCAACAACAACUUCAAUGUACUUAAAAGCAGUAUUGACAAAAAUUCAUCAAAUUACAGCGACAAUUACUCCAAAAUGAAAGCACUUGUUGACGAUUUACAUGAGAAAUCAGCCAAGAUAUCAAAAGGAGGAUCUGAAAAAGAGGUCGAGCGUCACUUGCAGCGAAACAAAUUGCUGCCUAGAGAGCGAAUUCAAAAUUUACUGGACGAAGAUUCGUCGCUUUUGGAACUGUCGCAGAUGGCAGCUUAUGACAUGUACGAAGAUGACAUACCAUCAGCAGCUAUUGUAUGUGGCAUAGGUAGAAUAAAUGGCAUCACUUGCAUGAUAAUAUGCAAUGAUUCCACUGUGAAAGGAGGAACAUAUAGACCGAUGACAGUGAAGAAACACCUGAGAGCACAGGAGAUAGCUAAGGAGAAUGGAUUGCCAUGUGUCUACCUCGUGGACAGUGGGGGAGCCUUUCUGCCCCUGCAAGCAGACGUCUUCCCAGACAGAGACCAUUUCGGAAGAAUUUUCUACAAUCAGGCUAGGAUGAGUGCCCGGGGUAUCCCUCAAGUGUCCGUGGUGAUGGGACUGUGCACUGCCGGAGGUGCUUAUGUGCCAGCCAUGUCUGACGAGAACGUCAUAGUUCGCAAUCAAGGUACAGUGUUCCUCGGAGGACCCCCGUUGGUUCAAGCGGCCACUGGGGAGAUUGUGUCUGCUGAGCUACUUGGAGGCGCAGACGUACACUGUAAAGUGUCAGGAGUGACAGAUCAUUAUGCCGAGAAUGACCUGCACGCACUCAAAAUAGCGAGGAGCAUCGUUGCUAAUCUGAACCGCAGCAGUACCUCGCAUUUCUGGAAUUCUCAUUCUGUGGAAGAACCGAUUUACAGCCCGGAUGAAAUCUACGGCAUUGUAGGCGAUAAUCUGAAAAAGUCGUUCGAUGUUCGCGAAGUGAUUGCACGCAUAGUCGACGGAAGUCGUUUUCAUGAGUUCAAAAAACUAUACGGGGAAACUGUAAUUACUGGUUUUGCAGAACUAUUUGGCAACAAAGUAGGUAUAAUAGGAAACAACGGAGUUCUCUUCUCAGAAUCGGCUCUGAAGGCUACACACUUCAUUCAGAUUUGUUGUCAAAGGGGCAUACCGCUGUUGUUCCUGCAGAAUAUCACUGGAUUCAUGGUGGGCAAGGAGUAUGAGGCAGGGGGUAUUGCAAAACAUGGGGCCAAGAUGGUUACUGCUGUGUCUUGUGCAAAUGUUCCCAAAUUGACACUCAUAAUCGGAGGUUCAUUUGGAGCAGGCAACUAUGGAAUGUGUGGGCGUGCGUACAGUCCAAAUUUCCUGUUCACGUGGCCCAACUCGAGAAUAUCGGUGAUGGGAGGAGAACAGGCAGCUACAGUGCUGACAACGAUCCAGAAAAACCAGAAGGCCAAAGAAGGAAAAGAAUUGACUGCAGAACAGGAGGAGAAGAUCAGGCGUCCAAUUAUUGACAGCUUCGAGCGGGAGGGACACCCCUACUUCGCCAGUGCGAGACUGUGGGACGAUGGCAUCAUUGACCCCAAAGACACCCGCAGAGUGCUGGGGUUGAGUCUGGCAGCCACUCUAGAUCAAAAAGGCGCAGCAGAUAAAGACAAAACCGAUUUUGGAAUAUUCAGAAUGUGAACUUAUAAUUAGUUGAAUGAUUCUUAUAAUUAGUUGAAUGAUUCUACUGCUCUACCUUUGUAACUAGAUGGUUGACUAUUAGCUUAAUUAUUUAUGGCCGAAAUUGCUAUCUUACUUCUAUAACACGUUAUUUUUAUAAGCGAAAACGGCGAAUACUGUCUCUUGGCUAGCUUUAAACUAGUUACUGAACAAAGUAACAGCAAGCUAUUUUUCAGCAGAAAUCAGAUGAGCUUUUGGACUCAUUUGAUUUCUAAUGUUCCUCGUCAAGCAAAUAGCAUAAUUAGUGGAGUAGUUGCUUGUGCGUUUCUGGAACGAGUGCAGUAAUUUAAUGCUGAAGUGUAAUCAUUAUGUUGCAAUUCAAUUUCAUCAGUUAAA